AUGGACCCUGGUAUGAUGGACGAGCAGGAUUGGGAUGAGACCUUCUGGGCUCCAGGAACGGUCGCUUUGGAAGAUAUCAAUCGGACCAGAGACCAAAUCGUUCUCUUCCCUACCCCUUCGGACGAUCCCAAUGAUCCUCUAAAUUGGUCGACGGCUCGCAAAGCUUUGAACUUCACACUGGUUAGCUUUUUCGUGCUAUGGACGUUCGUACAAUUGGAUAUUGGCUUCACCGCAUGGGGCCCGAUGGAAACAGAAUUGGGCUUCUCGGUAGACAUCCUGAACGCUGGAGCUGCUGUCAAUUAUGGCGGUCUUGCUAUUGGAUGCUUCUUCUUUAUCCCUUUGGUCCACAAAUAUGGUCGUCGUCCGAUCUAUAUCUUCAGCGUUGCACUCCAGCUUGCAUCCUGCGUUUGGCAAGCGAAGAUGACUACCGUUGGUGGCUUUAUCGGGUCCAACCUCAUCUCUGGUCUGGGAGGCGCAAUUAGCGAGAUCGUUGUCCAGAUCACCGUUGCCGAUCUCUUUUUCGUUCACCAGCAUGCGACGAUGAACGGAUGGUUCGUUAUAUUCCAAUCCGCAGGCGCCUUUCUAGGUCCCGUUGCCUCUGGUUAUAUCGUUGAUUCUCAGGGGUGGCGAUGGAUGUGGUGGUGGUGUGUCAUUUUUUUCGGGGUGACUCUGAUCUGUGUUUUGUUUCUCUUUGAGGAAUCAAAGUACAUCCCUGUUAUACACGGCCAACCAGUCAUCCCGCAACUCCAGGUGGAUCAAAAGGUGUUGAACCAGGACUCCAAAGACACAAAGCAGGCCGACCACGAUGCACUGGAGUCUAACCCUGGUAUCGCUCGCACGGUGACAAUUAACCCCAACAUCAGGCUCAAGUCCUAUCGUGAGCGCAUGGCCUGGCUUACAAUCACACCAGAGUCUAUGUGGCCUCAUUUCUACCAGCCGGUCGUGACACUUUUUACUUUCCCAGCAGUGGCAUACGCUGCCCUCACAUACGGGUCGACAUUAGCCUGGUUCGCGGUUAUGACUUCUCUCCAAGCCUCAUAUAUGCUUUACCCCCCGUACAACUUCUCUGCGAUCGGCGUCGGUCUUAUGAAUGUGGCACCGUUUGUUGGAGCCAUGCUGGGUUUCCCAGUGGGUGGAUGGCUGAGCGAUAAACAUAUUCUCUGGCUAUCUAAGAAGAAUGGCGGUAUCUAUGAGCCAGAGAUGCGUCUCUGGCUCGCAUUGCCUUGUGCGAUUCUUAUCCCUGGGUCGAUAUUGAUGUUUGGGCUGGGCCUUGCCUAUGGCAUACAAUGGUCUCUGCUUGCGGUUGGAUUUGGAGUCUUUGGGUUUGCUUUCUCCGCCAUCAGCGGCAUCGCACUGUCAUAUCUCAUGGAUUGCUAUCAGGAUAUCAUUGGUAACGCUCUGGUGGGUGUGAUCUUUAUGCGCAACAUCAUUUCCGUUAUUGUGCUAUUCGUAUUGACUCCAUGGGUUAAUGGUAUGGGUAUGCAAAAUCUUCACAUUCUUUGCGCCUUUUUGGGGUUUGCAAUCUAUCUUAUUCCCAUUCCUCUCUUGAUCUGGGGGAAGAAAGCAAGGGUUUAUACAGCUGCAUCUUACAAGAAGAUGGCUGAGAAACAAGUUACUCACCGUGCGGUAUAG